AAGAAAACUUUUAUUAAUUUUCAAACCCAGUGAUGAAUGAAGUCAGUUAUAUUCAUAGAGCCGAAAACACGUUGUUUCCUGUAUUUAUGAUCAAAUUAAAGGCAAAUUGUGAAAAAAUAUCUAAAUAAAUUCCAUUUCCUGUGAAAAUUUAUAAUAAUAAUUAAUUCCAUGUGUUGCAGGAUGACCUACAAAUGGAUAAAAGCUGCAGCAAAAUCUCUCUCAUAUACUUUCUUCCAGAUUGCAUAAAAUCACUGUGAAAUUUAAAUGAUUCAUAAAUCAAAUUGGGCUAAAAUGAAGCACACAAAUACGAUCAAACCAAAAAAAAAAAAAAAAAAAAAACUAUGAUAUUGAGGUCACAGAGAGAGGACACCACCUCCUCCCAGCUCCCUCCCUGCCAGCUCUAAUUGGUCAGCUCUGACAGGAUUACACGAGUUUCCUCAAUUGAACACACUGAAGUUAAACGCUCGGAUGAUCCAGGAGAGGAAUAAGGGGGAGAAAGAAAACUCGACUGCGGUCACUUUUCACACGACUUCACCUACAAACUGCCAGUAGAUCAGCUGCUGACGUGACACAAGCCGAAAUAUCUGCUCAGGAUUAAAUGUUUUUUCUGAAGAUCUCUGCUGUUCGACCUACAAUGUGGCUCCUCAACACGCCCGCAUUUCGGUGAAGCUGCUCGUCAAGUUAAUGUAGUUUCAGACCCUCCAGUCGUCAUGAUGACUCGGAUUUUCUGGGAUGCAGUGUUCCUCAUAAGCGGUUCUUUUAGUAUGUCUGUGGUACUCAACGGUUCUCUCUUUACGUUUGGAGCCGGGCAGAGCAGUUCAGCGAUUAUUGAAGCCAACAUUUCCAUCGAUACAAACUCCACCGCUGCUCCGAACACCUCCAGUAGCAGCUCUGUGCCGCCCGGCAGCAGCGACCCGACUGCAACUGUGAUUACAACGACGGAGACUCGCAUCGAUACAGUUAAAAGUUCCUUCUUCACAUUUGAGGAACAGCAGACGAAUACAACCAUUGAUGCCACCAUUUCCAUCAAUACCACCUCUGCUGCUGCUCCCAACAUUUCAGCAAGCAGCUCUCCAGCAACCAGCAGCCGAGACUCCACAACCAAGAGCCUCAUUCCUGCUGCUCAUGCUACAACCAUCCGCCCGCUUAAAAAGUUUGUGGCGGCGGCUGUUCGGUCUCAUUUCGAUGACUGUCCGGAUUCCCAACAGCAUUUCUGCUUCCAUGGCACAUGUCGCUUUCUGAUACAGGAGGAGGCACCUGCAUGUGUGUGUCAUCCAGGCUUCGUUGGGAUGAGGUGUGAGCAUGCAGACCUGCUCGCCGUAGUAGCAACCAAUCACAGGCAACAGACCGUCGCCACGGUGCUGGUGUUGUGUGUGAUUGGGUGUGUUCUCAUCAUGGUGUUGUGUACACUCUUACACUGCUGGUGGAGGCAGGACUGUCGCAGGCGGAGCUACGCGCAUCACUACGUGGCAGAAAAGCACGGCGUGUCCUGCUAUCCAUCUGAGAGUGUGGUUUGAGACGUCUUGCUUGAGCUCUUUGCGUCAUGUUUCGUUGUGCUCAUCUGUCUGGCUCACCAACACUCAGGAUUGCAUCCAAAGUGGUACAACCAGCCAGAGGCGAAGCUGUAUUAUCUUCAGUGCGACUGAGGUAGGCCUUCUUGAUGUGGGAGCUUAAAUGUUUUUGUUUUUUUUUCUCUAUUGAGUGGGAGCUCUGGACUACAACGAUUUAGGACGCGUUCACUUCCCUCAUUGAUUCUGUGGAAAUACACGCAGAACUGCAACAGUCUGUUUGAACUUCUGAGAUCGAAGCUGCCUCUGAAUCCUGCAUGGGAAGAGCUUCAUGUGUCCCGAUUACUGUUUACAGCCUCGAGGACUUCAGAAAUUAUGUACCAGGCUAUUAACCAUCCUGUGUGGAUGUCGAAUGAGAGAGGCGUUUAUUUUGGACUGUGUGAUGACAACAAUCUGUUUACUUAAGUCAGGAGACCCCAAUUCCUAUUUUUGUCUUUUAAUAUCUUUGCACGUUUUUUCAUCAGAACUCUACAAGCACGAAGGACAUUUUUAAUAAUUUAUGGUGGGGGAAACUGAUGCUUUAAAGGCAUUUUAGUGUCUGUUUUUAAAGAAGGAGCUCACAUCACCUGACAGGAGUAGGAAUUGUCAACUGGACUGACUGCAUAUUCAUUUCCUGGACUUUGUUCAACAAAUGUACACAAAGACAAAAAAAUAUCUUGGCGACUCCGGUAUUAUUAUUGAAGAAUAAAUUAUUUGUCGGUUUUACUUUUUAUUCCUGAGCUGUACUUGAACCUUUGAAUUGCAGGCUAUAACUGCACCAACAGAUGCACUUCCUGGGUGGCCACUUUAGUCUACACUACUUUUAUAAUAUUGCACUUUUCUUUUAAGCUUGCUCACUGUCCAUUAAAAAAAAACUGCACUCACUUCACAAUGUAGUCACUAGAAAACGCAUCCAUGUACAAGAGAUGCCAAACACAGCUGUUUCUAACUCUGCCUGUAUGGAAAAAGGUUGGUACGCAUCCACCUUAAGCAUGCAUGCACUUAAAUUACAGCUGGUAUUUUUAGAACAACAACACAAAAUAGAAGAGUGGUGUGUUAUAGCAUUGCCUCUGACUUGAUUUCAGCUUCUGGAUUAAAAAUGAAAAAGUUAUUGCUGAAGGAAUUAAAAACAGGAAUUAAAAACUCGUGUAAAGCAUGUGCACUUGCUCUGUGUGUGGAAGAAAAUGAAUGUGAUGGUGUUUAUAUGCCAAAAGACUCAGAGAGGAUGAUGCACUCAUCUUUGUUUACAGCAUCUGAUCAUAUUUGCAUUGCAGAAUUUUUGUGUUUAUUAUGGCAUUGAAGUGUAAAUGUGAAAAAUGGAGGAAUAUUCAAUGUAUACAUGGAGUGUCAAUAGAAAACCGUCUCACCAUGCAUUAUCCCUUCAUCAGAUUUAUGUCGUCACAGUUGGAAAGCCUCAUUAUGUCUAUUUGUUUUCCCAAUGAAGAAUUAAAUAUGCAAGCGUG